CGCUAAGCACCACAGUCCCCACUCCAACCUUGACCGCAGCAGAGAGAUCUCGCUAAAAUCUCGCCGAGGAGGGAGAGGGGUUUGGAAUUGGCGCCAACCAUUCCCCCCCAAAUCCCUCCCCAACCCUAGGGUUUCCGCUCUCUCUGCUCCGCCAUGGCGGGCGCCACCGCCGCCGCUCCGAUGGACAUCGACGGCGCCGCCGCCGCGCCCCCGGCCUUCAAGGGCAAGGCGCCGCUCUCCGCCGCCGCCGCCGUCAAGUCCUCGCCCUGGGUCGAGAAGUACCGGCCCCAGUCCCUCGCCGACGUCGCCGCCCACCGCGACAUCGUCGACACCAUUGAUAGGCUUACAGAUGAGAAUAGGCUUCCACAUUUGUUGCUCUACGGUCCACCUGGCACUGGGAAAACAUCAACAAUACUAGCUGUCGCGAGGAAGAUAUAUGGCUCACAGUAUGGCAACAUGAUUCUGGAGCUCAAUGCAUCAGAUGAACGUGGAAUUGGUGUUGUCAGGCAGCAGAUACAGGACUUUGCUAGUGCACACAGCCUCUCUUUUGGAGCAAAGCCUGCUGUUAAGUUGGUCCUCUUGGAUGAAGCAGAUGCCAUGACCAAGGAUGCACAAUUUGCAUUGCGAAGAGUCAUUGAGAAGUAUACAAGGAGCACAAGGUUUGCACUCAUAUGCAAUCAUGUGAACAAAAUCAUCCCAGCACUGCAAUCAAGGUGCACUAGGUUUAGGUUUGCUCCACUUGAUGGCUCUCAUGUUACUGAGCGUCUUCGACAUAUAAUAAAAUCUGAGGGGCUUGAUGUAGAUGAGGGUGGCUUGACUGCCCUUGUUCGGUUAAGUAAUGGUGACAUGAGGAAGUCUUUGAAUAUAUUGCAGUCAACACACAUGGCAUCCCAGCAAAUAACAGAAGAAGCUGUCUACCUUUGCACGGGAAACCCCAUGCCUAAAGAUAUUGAGCAGAUAGCGUUUUGGUUACUAAAUGAACCAUUUUCAACCAGCUUCAAACAUAUAGCUGAUAUGAAGAUGAGAAAAGGUCUGGCCUUGAUUGAUAUCAUACGGGAGGUCACUAUGUUUGUGUUCAAAAUAAAAAUGCCAUCCAAUGUACGAGUAAAGUUGAUCAAUGAUUUGGCAGAUAUCGAGUAUCGGCUUACCUUUGCUUGCAACGAUAAACUGCAGCUUGGGGCACUGAUCUCGACUUUCACGACUGCUCGCACGGCUAUGGUUGCUGCCGCCGACUAAAUUGAACAAAAUGGCCCACCAUGGAUGCCUACAUGGAUCUGGAAAUGUUGUGGCAGCUUAUUUAUCUUCUCUGUAUUUAGUUUAAAGCGCAUUGAGCAGAAAAUUUUCAUGUUAGAUCUGUCUGUCUGCUCGACGUGCUAGCUGCUUGGGACCUUGGAAGGGUUUCAGAACUGAACUGUAACUGAUUGUUGUCAGGUUUAGGUGAUGUAUGGACGUAAGGUGCAUGCUACAAUACAUUUCUAUGCAGUAGAGAGUCAUUCACAACUCAA